CGAACUGUGAACUCUUGCACAUAACGUGUUUGUAUGCUCCCAGGUAAUUUAUCCGAGGAUGAGUCAGCCCACUUAGUCGGCCGCGGCGCUGGACCCCACAAGUCUCGGGACAAGGCGAUGCCACGGCAAUCCCUCCAGGCGUCAUCAAAUCGCAACAUCUUAUAAUGAGCGUCGCGGGGAGCCUGUGCUGGGUCAUAGCCGUGUCGGUGUGCGCGGCCAUGCAUAGCGGCGGCGGCGACCGCAACUCCAUAGGAAGAGAGUUCGACGCCAACCUCACUGACCACCUCGAGGCAAUCAACGGCACCCCAAACUACAGACUGAUAAAGCCAGACCGAAACACGCAGUGGUACCCUUCUACGGGGGAAAUCAAGAUCGACUACUGCGUGAGACAAGCCAAAUGCGAGCAGCUCAUCAACAGAACUUGUCUAGGCGUCGAACUGCCCUAUGACCAAACUAGCGUCCAUCUAACGUUCUUCCACACGCAGCAAGAGAUCCAAAAUCAAUUGCAACUAUAUACACAUUUGAUAAAUGUGCCAAAAUGCUGGGCCGUUAUACAGCCCUUCCUGUGUUCUACUUUCAUGCCAAAAUGCGAGAAUGUAUUAGGCAAAGACAUGGUGUAUUUACCUUCGUUCGAGAUGUGCAACGUGACGCUGGAGCAUUGCGCCAUCCUCUACAAUACCUCAUACUUUCCGUCCUAUUUGAAGUGCAACGAGACGCUGUUCCCGGCGAAGUGCGAGAAUCCGGCGAAGGAGAAGAUGAAGUUCAACACGACCGGCAAGUGCUUGCCGCCGCUCAUACACACGGAGAAACCGUUACACUUUUAUAAAGGUAUACCAAACUGCGGGCUGCCGUGCCAGGAUCCCCUGUACACUGAAGACGAGCACCAGCAGAUCCGGCGGCUGAUAGCGUGGGGCGCCGGCGGCUGUCUCGCGCUCAACCUACUCACCGUCGCCACCUUUCUCAUCGACUGGCGCAGCGCGAACAAAUAUCCUGCGCUGGUUAUCUUCUACAUCAAUGUGUGCUUCGCUGUAGCUAACAUGGGAUGGCUAGUGCAGUUCGGCAUCGGGUCCAGAGACGAUAUAGUGUGUUCUAAAGACGGCACCAGGCGGCAGGGAGAACCGUCCGCGGAGGAGAAUCUCUCGUGCGUUGUUGUCUUCGUUCUUGUGUAUUACUUCAUGAUGGCGGCUUGCGUUUGGUUCGUGAUAUUCACGUAUGCGUGGCACAUGAGUUUUCGAGCUUUAGGUAAAAUCCAAGACCGAAUAGACAAGAAGGCGGCAUACUUCCACCUAGUAGCAUGGUCUCUACCACUCGUACUGACCAUCACUACCAUGGCCUUCGGCGAGGUGGACGGCAGCAGCGUCACGGGCAUCUGCUUCGUGGGCUACGUGAACCACCCGAUGCGGGCUGGCUUACUGCUGGCGCCGCUACUGCUGGUGCUACUGCUGGGCGGGUACUUCCUGCUGAGAGGUGUAUUCUCCCUUAUAGCGGUGCGCGUGUCGAGCAGAGACGUGAUCUCCGCCCGGGCGGCCAACAAGAUUCGGCAGACCAUCACCCGCUGCUCGCUCACGGCCGCUCUCGUCGCCGUCUUCAUCUGCGUCACCUUCGCCUGCCAUCUCUACGAGUUCCGGAACGCGGAGCUGUGGAAGGACUCCUUUAAGAACAACAUCAUCUGCCGCUUGGAGGCGCUGAGCUUCGCCCGGCUGUGCUCGGCGGGCGCGCGGCCGUCGCUGUCGGUGCUGCAGCUGCGGCUGCUGUGCUGCUUCGCGGCCGGCGCGCUCAUGGCCUCCUGGACCUGGACGCCCGCCGCCGCCGCCGCCUGGCGCCGCUACCUCGCCAGAAAGUGCGGGUGCUCAGUGGAAGCGGAGACGACGCGGCGCGCGCGCAAGCACGAGCUGAUCGCGCGCGCCUACCGCCGCCGCGGGGAGUUCGCGGCGCGAGGCAGGCUGUCCAUCAGCCUCGGCGGCUCGCGGCAGGACCCCGUGGGGCUGUGUCUCGACCACACCGAGCCCAUCGACUACCCCGACAAUAAACACGAGAGUUGCGAGUUGUCUUCAUCUUGGGCGGCGAACCUGCCGCGCUUCGUCCGCCGGCGCGACGCGCUGGUGCUGCCGCCGGCGCACGCAUCCCUCAGCUCGACGCCGGACCGGCGCCACUCGCAGGACUCUCAGAUCAGCAUCAGCCUGCGCCACGUGUCCGUGGAGUCGCGCCGCAACUCGCUCGACAGCCAGCUCUCCGUCAAGAUAGCAGAGAUGAAGACCAAGGUCGGCCGCCGCCGCACCAAGCAUGGCAAGACAAAACGCAAGGCGCGAUCUGUGAGGAAAGAAAGCACGCCAUCCAUAGAGAGCCAGAUCAGCCGCUACUGGCUGCAGGCGGUGGCGGCCAACAACGACCCGGCCCGCGAAGAGGUCAAGUUUAGCUUCGAUUGACCCGACAUACCAAAGCGAUGAUUUUAUUAGUGCGUCCAUUAUUAUAAGGCACCUUUUGAUACAAACCACUGAUCUCUAUUUGAAAAGGUGUCACAUAGAAAAAAAUUAAGUACCUGCCUUCAAAGAUCUGUUGUUCCAUAAACAUUUUCUCUAGCACUCAUUCGACUGCAGCUAUAUGAUGUUAAUCUGACAGUUGCGUCCAAUCAGAUUUCGCUGUAGUCAAUAUUAGUGUAUUUACAUGAGAUCAGUGAUAUAGUUACGAUUUUAAGGCUUAUAAAUGGGUUUGUUUUCAGCCCGCCUAGUUUAAGAGUAAUGUUACGUCCUGACUAAUGAUGUUAAAAUGCUUUUCCACUGGGGCUGCUUGAAUUUGUAUGAUUAGUAAUAAGACAAAUGACGAUCUAUUUGUUGACAAUAUAGGAAAUCUAUUCAGACAUAUUGCUUCGCUAGUGGAGAAGCAUCAUUAAUUGGUGCAGUAUUUUUGUAAGUUAACUAGAUAUAAGCAGUUUUUAAUCGAAUACUUUGAAUAUGCUUAAUGCUCUGUGAUCCUACCAUAUCGUGAUAUACAAAUUAAAUACGAAUGGUUCAAUAACCAGUGUUAGAAAUAGAAUAUUUUGCAAGUUAUUUGUAAAAUACUUAAAAUCAUACGUCUGCAAAUAGUUUUAAGUGCAAACUUUGUUAUUAUGCUAAAUGAACUGAAUAUCAUUGUUAUAUUCACUGUCGUAUGCAUUAUACAUUUUGGAUUCCUGACAGAGGCAGCUUUUCAUAUUUCAUUAUGGUUGAUAUAUUUUUAUAAAAAUCUAAAGACUGAUCAGAAUCUCUACUAAUAUUAAUUCUGAACUGACAAAACCAUGACAUUAUAUUUUUAUAUUUUGAAGUUCAUUUUAAUAGCAAGCAUACCUAUUUAUUAUAUGAACCAGACAAGACAGGCAUGCAAGUAUGUGCCAUAAAUAUUUUAUGUGUGUGUGUAAUUUUGGUCAGAUAGAGAUCGACUGAUUAUUUUCUAUUAUUAGUUUAAAUAAGUGAUAAUUUUAGAUAAAACUUUUCAACGUAAUUAGAGGAUAAGUUAAGCUUUUUUAUGAGAAAUUGAUUGAACUAUCAAACUGAUUUUAAACGCACACGAGCGGUUGUGAGACAGUGUUUUACGAGGCUUUAAUAAUAAGACUCCACGUCAGACCUACGAAGAAUUCUUCAGCACAGUAAACGUUACGCUAGAAUUAAUUUUGUAUUACAGAAUGUAAGUCAACCCAUAAUCAGGAACCCAGUAUUUUGUUUCUUUGGAUUUGGAAAAAUAAAAACAUGUUUUUUUAGCGGCAUCUGCGUUUAUCUCAUUGUCUUUGUAUUGAUGUCAUCUACGAUAGCAUAUUGCAAGAGGACACAGAAGAGUUAAAGAAAUGGUUUUUAUCGUUGUUGGUGUUUCUUAUUAUGCUGUCAGUGUAAACUUUUAAUAAUGUAUUUUGAAUUACAAAAGCCUGCACUUGAAUGUUUUUAACCUUAUAUCCCAAUGUUAGAAGCUUGAAUGAGCUGAGCGUAAUCGCUACUACAGCUUUAAUGUUUUACGACUCAUAAUAUACACGGUGUAACAUGAG